AUGGCUAAAAGAGCUUUGGGAUUAGGCAAAAGUAAGAAACAAAAGAAGCAAAAAGUUGCUGUGCCAGAAGAGCAAUCUUCUGAGGGAACGGUACCAGCACCAUCUGCAGCAAACCAGAUUGAAAUUGCAUUGGAUGAAAACGAGGAUGCCGAUGAUGAGUUAGUCCAACUAAAGGGUUUGUGGGAAACUUUCCUGAAGGAUAAAGAUAAUCAGCUAUUGUUAAAUGGUGUAGUGCACGAAUGUGACAGAUUAUUGCGUCUUCAGGACAAUGAUAGCACUAUAAAACUGAGCGAUUUGUUUCACUCUAUUUAUGCGCAGGCUUUGGCAGAGCUAACAGUUUUCCUUCCGGAAGAAACCGAUGACGAAGAGAAGAAGUACGAGAGAAUGAAUGAAUUUUUCGAUGCUGCUUUGGAAAGGUAUAGACUUGGCGCUGAGAAAUACCCGGAAACUCCUUUGUUAUCUUUAACGCAAACUAAAAUUAUUUUACAAAGAAUCCCCUUACAGUAUAUAUCUCAACUCUCUCCAUUGGAUCAAAACGACGAGAAGUACAAGCUUUAUGAUUUAUUAGAAUCGGCAAAGAGUUCGUACACUCUUUCGUCAAAUCAGCAUCAAUUGGCAUAUGAUGUGCUGUUAAGUUUCUAUGACUUGCUAGACAUCAUUGAGACAUUCGAGGAUAAAGAGGAAUUGGAAGAUGGGUUGGAUAGCGAUGAUGAAGGUGAGGAAUUAGUAGAGGUUGUAUUGCACGAAAACCAUCCACUAACGAAAAUCAAGAAAAACAUGAAUCAGAACUACGAGUGGUUGAAAGAAAAUUUGUUGAAUUUGUUCAAUGACAUAUCUUCAUCAUUUUGCAACAAGGUCGGCCCUGACAUCGAUAAAGAUCAUCCAACAGUAGUUUUGUUCAAGAGUAUCGCGCGUACGCUUGGCCAACUUUACUUAAAACUGGCCGAGGAACCAUCAAAAACUUUUGCUGAAUUGAUGUAUGAUAGCGACGAUGAAGAGCAAACUGAUAAGGAGGCUCUAGAGAAGGCUAAAAAUGCACAAUCGAAAGCCAUUCCAUUGGUUGAAUAUGCUAUCAGGUACUUGCAAGAAGCGAAAGUGGAAGAUGAACCUCAAACCUGGGUCGACGUCGCUGAAGCGAUCAUUGAUUUAGGGAACCUUUACGAUUACGAAUCGAAAGAACAGGAAGACUCUUACAAGAGAGCAGAGGAAAUUUUACUGAAGGCUAACAAGGCAACUCAUGGUAAAUACCAAGUUAUCCUGGACAAUUUGUUGAACAAAGAUUAA